AUGUUACAAUCCAUGCGGUUAGUGUCCUCUGCGGCAGUCCGAUCUAGUAGGAGAGUCGUUGUAGAAGGCAAAAUCCCUUUAAAACUGAGUAGCAGAGCGACUCGAUCACAGCAGCUGAUUCGACAACGAUGGUUCAGCAGUGAAGCUCCUUCAACAGCUUCAGCUUCGACUUGGUACACGUGGGGCACCGACCACAAGGGAUCCCUCCUCCAACCCGACCAACCCAAAUUGGACACUCCUGCUGUUGCAACAGUGAUAGAUCUCCCAAAUGCUGAUAGUAUUACACAAAUUGUCUGCGGUGCUACCGACACGGCCAUAGUGCUCGAAAAUGGCGAUUGCUACGUGUGUGGUGAAAACAAGAGUGGUCAACUAGGUGUUGGUCAUCGCCAUCCCGUCGAAUCACCUACGCUACUCGAAAUGCCACUCGACCAAACGGGACAACCCGCCCAAGUGGCACAAAUUGCUCUAGGCAGUACUUUUUCGGCCAUUAUUGAUACCCACGGUGACUUGUAUACAUUUGGGUAUGGUGGUUCCACAUUGGGCGAUGGAUUGGGAUUUUUAGGCCAUGGUUAUCCGGACAAUGAAGCCUACGCUCUGACACCCAAAUUGGUCGAAUCCCUCGUCGAAGAUGGCUGUUUUGCGAAAAAGGUUCAAGUAGGAAAAUCGCACAUGACGGUACUGACAACGGAAGGAGAAGUAUUGACAUGUGGUGCCGGUUCCUACGGACGCCUGGGCAAUCUGGAAACCCAUCAAGAUCAAUUAUAUUUGGAGGCGGUCGAAAUGCUCCGCAGUGGUGUCACCGAUAUCAGUGGCGGCAAAUCCUUCACGGCGGCACUCAAAGACGACGGCGUCAUUUAUACCUGGGGCCGUGGCGAUAAAGGACAACUCGGGACGGGAUUUGGAUUGGCCGUCGACAUGUACGCCAUGGCGGCCGUUCCAGAACCCAUUGAAGCCGAUGAAUUGCUCGGUCGGAAAGUUAUUCAAAUUGCCGCUGGAUGCGAACAUGCCGUGUGUAUUACAGAAGGCGGAGAAGUCUUUCAAUGGGGCAUGACACUGCAUCUCGAACCGGUGCGUGUCAGCGAAUUGCUGCAUACCAAAAUUGUACAAGUCGCGGCGGGCGACAAUUAUUCCAUCGCGUUGGAUGAACAUGGACAACUCUAUACGUGGGGACAGGGCAAGACUGGUGUCCUAGCGCAAGGUGGUGUCACCAAAUUGAAUCAAGCGGCACUCGUGGAAGCACUCGAAGACAAGAAGGUGAUAUCCAAUAUAAGUGCGGGAUGGCAACAUGUCGCGUGUCAAACAACAGAUACAACAACAAAAGAUAAAUAG